AUCAGAGAUAAGGGCCAUCGCUCACUCUUCCUUGAACCUUUAGUAGCCAGCGGCGGAGCAGCCAUGGCGCUCAACCUCUGCGCCACGCCGGCAUCCUUGCGGUCAAACGAAUAUCGUAUCUUCUGCAAUUUUCUUACCCCUCCUUCGAAUUCCUGCCACUUUGGAAUUAAUAUUGACCUAAAAUUCGCUCCAAGGUAUUCCUCCGCAAAACCCUCGUUUCGUAACUCCUCCUCCCCCAAAUUGUCGUUACAAGAAUUAUCUCUCAGUAGCGUCUCAGAAGAAUCUAAAUCUCCCCGGGAAAAUACUACGGCUUCAUCGAAGCGUUACAUAUGGGUGAAUCCGAGGAGCCCCAGGGCGUCGAUGCUACGGAAAAAAUCGUACGACUCCAGGUACGCUUCGUUGGUGAAAAUAGCGGAAUCUUUAGAUAAUUGCAGAGCGGUAGUAGAGGAUAUUUCGAUUGUAUUGGAUAGUCUUGGGAAUAAAGUAGUAGAACAGGAUGCAAUGUCUGUUUUGAACAAUAUGUCGAAUGCUGAAACUGGCCUUUUAGUGCUCGAUUAUUUCAUGAAGAAGCUGAAGAAGGUGAAGGAAGUUCUACUGUAUAAUGUGACAUUGAAAAUAUUUAGGAAGUGCAAGGAUUUAGAUGGAGCAGAGAAGUUAUUCAAUGAUAUGAUUGAAAGAGGAGUUAAUCCAGAUAAUGUUACAUUCUCCACGAUUAUAAGCUGCGCUAGGUUAAUGUCGUUGCCGGAGAAGGCAGUCGAAUGGUUCGAGAAGAUGCCGUCAUUUGGAUGUGAACCUGAUCAGGUUACUUGCUCGGUGAUGAUAGAUGUAUACGGGAGGCUCGGGAAUGUCGAUGUUGCUUUGAGUUUGUAUGAUCGAGCAAGGAGUGAGAAAUGGCGGCUAGACGCCGCAACUUUUUCCACAUUGAUUAGAAUUUACGGUUCGUCGGGGAACUUUGAUGGAUGCUUGAAUUUGUAUGAGGAGAUGAAGGCUUUACGGGUGAGACGUAAUGCUACUCUGUAUAACUCUCUGUUGGAUGCGAUGGGAAGAGCGAAAAGGCCAUGGCAGGCGAAGAAUGUAUAUAGGGAUAUGCUUAAUUGCGGGAUCGAGCCGACUUGGGGUACUUAUGCUGCAUUGCUUAGAGCGUAUUGUCGGGCUCGAUACGGGGAAGAUGCAAUGGCUGUGUAUAGAACUAUGAAGGAGAAGGGGUUGGAGUUGAAUGUUCUCUUGUAUAAUUCGCUUUUGUCGACGUGUGCUGAUGUGGGAUACACUGACGAAGCUUUGGCGAUUUUUUCGGAGAUGAAGAGUUCGGGGAAGUGCUUGCCGGAUGCUUGGACGUAUGCGUCGUUAAUCACGAUUUUUUCUUGCGGCGGACAAGUGGAGGAGGCGGAGAGUGCGUUGACUGAAAUGCUAGCUGCCGGUUAUGAGCCUAACAUUUUUGUUUUGACGUCGAUCAUGCAAUGCUAUGGGAAAGCCGGUCGGAAUGACGAUGUGGUGAAGACGUUCGAUCGGGUGUUGGAGUUGGGAAUAAGUCCUGAUGACUGGUUAUUGGGUUGUCUUCUCAGCGUGAUGACGCAGGCGCCGGCGGAAGAUCUCGAGAAGGUGAUGGUGUGCGUCGAGAAGGGAAAUCCUAAGCUUUGUUACGUCGUGAAGCUAAUCGUUCAAGGGGAAAACUUCGAAGGUGAGUUCUUUAAGAAAGAGGCUUGUGAGCUGUUGGAGUCGAUUGGCGCGGAUGUGAAAAGGGCUUAUUGCAAUUGUUUGAUCGAUCUUUGCAUUAAUCAGAACCAGAUGGAGAGGGCGUGUGUGUUGUUAGGCCUCGCCGUUGAACUCGGAAUAUAUACCGACGUAAUGUCAAGAACUCCGACGCAAUGGUCGUUGCACGUGAAGAGCCUCUCUCUUGGAGCCGCCUUGACUGCACUGCAUGUGUGGAUAAACGAUUUAACGAAAGCGGUUGAAGACGAUGAGGAAAUGCCGUCUUUACUCGGGAUCAACACAGGACAUGGGAAGCAUAAAUUCUCCGAGAAAGGGUUGGCGGGUGUGUUCGAGUCUCAUCUGAAGGAAUUGAAUGCUCCGUUUCAUGAGGCGCCCGACAAAGCUGGGUGGUUUUUGACGACCAAGGUGGCUGCACUGUCAUGGCUGGAGUCGAGACGUACUCAGAAUGAUGUAGCUUCUGCAUAAUCGAACAAACGCUUGAAACUGCCGGCAUUUUCAUUCGGUCCUUCUGCUCGACUGGACUCUUUGUUAACAGCAAAUGACAUAUGAGUUUUUGCUUGCUACUACACUGCAAUAUGCAUGUCUGAAUAUCGUCGGAGAGCCAGAAACAGGAAAGUAAGUCAAACAUUAUCUUUAUUACAUAUGAUCAUCAUGUGCACGGCUGUUAGUAUGUCAAUAGUUCAUGUGCUGCAGCUAUAUAUAUAUAUAUAUAAAAAGAGGUUGACAAAGUGUAGUAGUAGUAUUAUUAUAAGAAGCUGACCUUGGAGUUUCAACGUCUCUGCAUAUUGAAAACAUUAUCAUUGAAUGUGGAAGAGGUUGACUGUUUUAACAUUAUUUAUCAUAGAAACAGCUCAUUAGUCAGCUCCUAAUCUCCAUUGUAACAAUGUUGCCUGCACGUUUGCUGACUUUGCCUGGACUGGACAACAAUGGACACACGCACACACACACACAUAUAUAUAUAUAUGUAUGUAUGUAUCAAUGUCUAUAUGUAGGUGAAGGUGAAGCAAUCCAUUCCAAGUGAGUGCAUUCGAAAUGGGAAACUGCAUUAGAGCUGCUGCAUAUUACAAAGACUGCCCGGCAGACACGGGCAGGAUGGAAGGUAAGAAGCCAUGGGAGGUGGCGGAGUCGGAAGAAAUGAGUGGACUGAUCGGUGGUCGGCGGCGGGGGAAGAUGAUCAAGAUAGUGAUGAGCAAGAAGCAGCUGAGGAGGGUGCUGAUGAGAAGCCAAAUGAGUGUCCAGAAAUGGAGACCCUCUUUGGUUACAAUCCCCGAAUUUUAGAGCCGUUGCCCGAAGAUACGCUCUGGGUAAACCUCCGGUCGAGCCUAAUAGCCUACAAACUAGACCCGACGAGAUAAGUUACACUAGAUGAACCAUAUAUGACAGUCAAGAUUUGGAGGCGCAAAGAGUUUGAGUCCUAUAUUUUACUUUAGUUAAGGUUAGUUUAGAUCACAUUAAAUUCCACAAGGAGGAGGACUUUAGGUAUAUCUUUUUGGAUGCGAUUGUAUUAGUAAAAGCAUCUGAUUGAUGAAAUUGUAUAUGGCAGAAGUUCUCCAGAAAUUACUGUCUAUGAAUGUGAACAAGAUGAAUUACAUUAUAAGUACACUUAAGUAUUGAGUCUUUGUAUCAGUGAUUGAUUCCUUAUGAUGUUUUGUAAAAAGGAUUUCAUAAUUUUUUUAUAGAAA